GUUUUUUUUCCCUGGCAUAAUGAAAGCAUUGACCUGAGAAUGACACCGGCGUGUUAGUGUGUGAGCCGUCAGAGAGAGAUCAGCCUACACAGAGCUCAGUCCUGACUGUGGAACCACUGCUGAACACUUUUACACUUUCCUAGCCUGCUUUAUCAUCAUCAGCGCCUUACAGAUUGAGACUGGGGAAAUAAUUUGGCUUUCCUUUCCCUUAUGAACCUAAUCUGACUCCAAUGGAGGUGGAAUAGAGAUUCGGACAAGGAUGAUUCCUGCUGCUGAAAUAUGUACUGUUUUGCUGUGGGAUGACGGAUAAUCAACCCGAACACAAACAUUAACAUGGCCACUAGUGACCCAGACACUUACAGCGAACCCCAGCCUGGUGACCUGAUCGAGAUCUUUCGAGCGGCGUAUCAGCACUGGGCCUUGUAUCUGGGAGACGGAUACAUCAUUAACCUUACACCAGUCGAUGAGAGCCCAGCGGCCGCCAUGUCCAGCGUGAAGUCAGUGUUCACCCGGAAGGCUGUGGUUCGGAUGCAGCUCCUAAAAGACGUUGUUGGGGGAGAUACGUUCCGUGUCAACAAUAAAUACGACAGCAGUCACACGCCUUUGCCCGUGCCUGAGAUCAUUGAGCGAGCACAGCUACUGAUUGGUCAGGAGGUGUCAUAUGACCUGUUGGGCAGUAACUGCGAGCACUUUGUCACCCUGCUGCGAUAUGGCGAGGGCGUAUCAGAGCAGGCAACACGUGCUAUCGGGGCGAUCAGUUUGGUGUCAGCAGCAGCAAGUGCCUUCUCUAUGCUCGGCCUCCUCAACACUCGCAACAGGAACAGACCUUUCUGACAUCAGUGCAGUAACUUAAUACGCAAUAACUGCA